CACAACGAUCCAAAAGGAAUUCUCCAACAAUUAAAGCAAUGUACUGGCAGAGACUUUUUUAUAGCUUUUCUUGAUAAAGUCUCGAUAAAAUCUCUUCCAAAGUUUCUUAAUACUGUCGUCUAUGCCAACAUUCCUAUUCCAAUAUUUCUUCCAAAUGACAUUGUACAUUUUGAAAAAGGUCUUAGAAUAUUAGACGCAAUGUAUGAUAUAAUAGAUACUUGCAAAUAUCAUCUUUUCAUAUCCGUGAAUCAAGAAAACUCAAAAAUGAAGCCACCAUUUACAAAACAACUUUAUAAAUAUUAUUCAAAUCAUCGCGACGAUUGUUUAGGUAUUUGUAAUCCUGGCUCUAUUGAUAUUUCUUUUCAUGCUGCCUUCGAAAACCAUGCACGUCCUCCAUUAGCUAUUUCGGAAAUAUAUUAUGACAAAACCAGUUCAAAUAUUUUUCAAAAUAUGGUGACCGAAUUAUCCAA